GUCAGUAUAAACUGCCAUUUUUAAUUAAUUGAGGGAAUUGAUUACAUUUAAUUAAUUUCGCUUUCCCAUUGUAUUACGAAAGAAAGCAGUUCAGCGUGUGCUCGUUCCUAAACUUGAGGCCACCUGCCUAGUUAUUAAUAUGAAUUCUUAUCAUGUAUUAGAACUGGUGGGAGAGGGUUCUUUUGGUCGAGUUCAUAAAGGAAUGAAGAGGUUUACAGGCCAAGUGGUGGCUUUAAAAUUCAUGCCUAAAAGGGGGCGCUCGAACAAAGAGUUGCAAAGUCUAAAGAAGGAAAUCGACAUCAUGACAAACCUUCAACAUCCAAACAUUGUGAAACUUUUUGACAGCUUUGAAACUGAAACAGAGGUGGUUGUUGUGACCGAGUUUGCUGAAGGUCAGUUGUUUCAGAUCAUUGAGGAUGAUGGGAGUUUACCAGAAAGUCAGGUUCGUGAGAUUGCCUGCCAGCUGGUGUCCGCUUUGUAUUAUUUGCACUCUCGUCGUAUUCUUCAUCGAGACAUGAAACCGCAAAAUAUCCUAUUUGAUAAGAAUGGAGUGGUGAAACUAUGUGACUUUGGGUUUGCAAGGGCAAUGAGUGUGUCCACCAUGGUUCUGACUUCUAUCAAGGGAACACCCUUGUACAUGUCCCCUGAAUUGGUGGCAGAGAAGCCUUAUGACCACACUGCAGAUCUCUGGUCACUCGGCUGCAUUCUUUAUGAGCUCCACACGGGGGCGCCUCCUUUCUACACUAAUUCAAUUUUCCACUUGGUGCAGCUCAUUGUUAGAGAGCCCAUCAAAUGGCCAGACACUAUGAGCAGCACAUGCACGAGUUUCCUGAAAGGUUUGUUGACCAAAGACCCUCAGAAGCGUCUGUCAUGGCCGGACCUCCUACAUCAUCCUUUUGUUGCUGAUGGUGUUCGAGUGAUGCCACACACAGAUGUUUCCAGUCCUCUGACAGUCACGCCCGACCCAGACAUGCUGGCACUGAAGCUUAAACAAUUGGCAGAAAAGACACCACUACACUCUGGGGAGAGCAAAAUAUUGCGAAAGAUCAAGGAGCAGAGAAGCAAAAGUAACACAAAGAAAUCAGCCGACAGUGCUAAAGAAACGAAGGAUGGACUGGAAAGUGAAAAAGCCAAUUCUUCAGUAACACCAGCUCCCCCUGGAGAUAAAUCCUUCACCUCAGUUUAUUCAACAUUGAAAGCUCCUCAAAGUUCAUAUCCAAGGAAUCAUACUAAGGUUACAUACAGUUCUUCAGAAAGCAGGGGUCCAAUCAGCCAGGACUAUGAGCGAGAGUUCCCCUCAGUAGAAGUUGGGCCACAACAGGAGCAAGAAUGCAGAAAGGACACAGACGUCAUUGAAAAUAUGUCAAGUUCUACAACAGCUGAGAGUGAGGAAUUCUGGGAAAAGCUUGUAGAAGAAUUAGAUCCAAGCAGACAAGAGAGAGAACCGCUAACUCAAUUCAGCACCAUUGUAGUUAAACUGAAAUCCACUAUUCUAGUGUUUCAGCAACAGUUAAGCGGUGGUGUCCUAAAAGGCGCGUGGCGCAUUCAGCAUCCGCUGAAAGUCCUGCAGAAACUGCUUCUGACCUCUGGCGUUAACCACAUUAGCAGUGAACUUGGGCUGCCACAUCUCCUCUUUGACUUGAUUCAUGACUCUGUGGAAAACUCCCAUUUCAUGGAGCAACCGUCGAGUCUGCAAGCACUUGGAGAAAUGAUUGUCGUUCUACUGAUCUACUGGGAGAAGAAUCGUGACUGGUUUGAAGGAGAAAAUCGACCUGAAGAGCUCAUCAAGUCCUUCUUGAUCAUUCUUCAUCACCCAUACCUUCAUGACUUAGCUCCUCCAGCUGCCUGCAUUUUAGCUCUCUUUACUCAACACAAGGUUGUUGUCAACAUUGAUGUGGACAGACUCAGCUUCUUGCUGAAAGAACUUGUCUGUGGCUCUCAUCAGAUCCAGCUUUCACUCCCACCUGGAUGGGGACUCUGCGACGGCCUCCUAUCUUUACUUCUGCACGCUCUCUCUGAGCAUGGUGAUGGUCCCCCAUGUUUGGAUCCACUCGUGCUUCAUCAAGUUUGGGAAGAAAUUGGCACCUCAUUAGCAAAGAGGACACCAGACAUGGAAUUCUGUUCCACAAAUGGAUUGUAUCUUCUCAUGUCUUCUACACUGUUGGUUCUCGGCAAGGAUCCAUAUUCUUAUAUUUCGCUAUUUUCUGAGAGCAAAUCAACAUUUGUAUACACUCUUGGCUGGCUGCUGAGUUCCGAAUGUCAUGCUAUAUUUGCUGAAGGCCAUUCAGGUACAUCAGAGGGGGUCUUGAGUCAUGAGCUCUUUAUGGAGUUGAGCUUCCACCUCCUGUGCCUUCCAUUUACCCUGAACCUGAAUUCACACACCUGUUCUAGCGUACUGCGUUUGUAUGACAGCUGUGGUCUUGUUAAAAGACUCCUGCAGGUGAUUCAAACUCUUCCUCUCCCAUCAGUGGAGCUGCCACUCUCGCUACUGUGCCGCUUGCUGCUGUGUGACCGUCAGCGCUGUGUUUCCCGCCUCUGUAGUACUUCCUGUUGCUUUUUCUCUCCACCUGCGCUCACUACAUUGGGCCAGCAGCCUCCGACCAGAACUGCCAGUUCUCUGCUCUCCGAUUUGCUGCUGCUGGAUGAGCUGGGGGACUCUGCCGUAGAGCUCCUGUCUCUGUUAUACCUCAUCAGCCGUUUUUGCCCCGGUCGCCUUCAGCUUCACCUUGAAUCCUCUGUGCUGCACCAGGCCCUGGUUCACUCGUACGACCCGAUCAGGGCUGCCGUAUGCAAAGUUUUGGGAAAUGUGUAUCCAUUCAGGUCUGAAACACUGCCCAAUUUACAACCAAACAUUUUUAAAAGCAUGAUAGAUCUUCUUGAAGAUUCAAGUGUGCAUGUGCGGCGGGCGGCUUGCUUGGCGGUUGGUAAAUGGUUGGGUUAUAUUGCAGUGGAGGCUGGCGUCAGCGCAAGAAGGCCCAAUGGAAAUGUAGACAACACUACACAGUGGUUAAAAGUCAGGGAAAAUGACGCACACAAGGAUUCAAGCAGCGAGCCAGGAGUUGCCGUAGUGACAAAAAAUGAAUCAGGUGAUGGGGAGAUGCCAAAAUGGCUAGAAGAAGCCAGGAUGACAGGGGUCACACUGGCAUCACUGACCUCUGACCCUGAUGUCCACACCCGUCUCCACGCAUGUGCAGCUCUGGGAAACCUGGUACAUGUUCAAGGCGCCGUACCCAUGCUGCUGGAAAACAAUGUGUGCAGGUUGCUCCUGAGAGCUGCGUGCACAGAUACCCACAAUGCAGUGAGAGAAGCUGCCAUGGCCACUUUAAGCUUGUACAGUCAGCAGGAUGCUUUCAGACAGGACCUGAUAUUUCUGGAUGCCAGAAAGAAAUGUCUUCAAGCUUGCCAGCAUGCAUCUCCACAAUGUGACGAUCUUCCUCUCAUUGGGCUCCAGACAGGAAAGACAAGAAUUGAUCAUAUUUAAUAAGUACUGUAAUUAAUGUCUUUUCAAAUGCCUUUGUUUUAUUACUUCUUGGAAGUAACCACCUGUGCGAUAAUAGCUGUUAGCAUUUUUAAUAGCCAUCUAUUAAUCUAUGUUUACAGUGUCCUCAAAUCUUGCUAAUGAAAUGAUAUUGAUAUUGAUAUUUAAUUUAAAAGAUAGCCAAAUGGGAUCCAAAUUUCGAAGUGUCAUUCUUUGUCAUGAACAAAAAGGCUCGCAAAUCGCAGCAUCAUAAGCAUUUUUCGGUUCGGUAUUGAAGGGAAGGGUUUAAGUUUUUUUGUCUUUACAAUAAUUAAACGGACUUGACUGCAUUCUGG